AUGCGUUUUGCCAUUGAGGAGAUUAACAACAGUUCAGAUCUACUGCCAGGAGUCUCUCUGGGCUAUAAAAUGUAUGAUACUUGUGGCUCCAUUGCCAGAGGUAUAAAAGUUGCACUUGCCUUAGUAAAUGGUAAUGAAAUUUUUUCUGCAGUGUCUGGAGUACCCUGUACCAGACCUGCAUCAGUGCAGACCAUUUUGGGAGAGACUUCUUCAUCUCCUUGCAUGGCAAUAUCAACUGUAAUUGGGCCAUUUUAUAUACCAAUGAUCAGUCACUUUGCCACAUGUGCUUGUCUCAGUGACAAAACCAAGUACCCAUCCUUCCUCAGAACAAUACCAAGUGACUACUACCAGAGCAGAGCCCUGGCCCAUUUGGUCAAGUACUUUGGAUGGACUUGGGUUGGAGCUAUUCGAACCAAUGAUGAUUAUGGAAAUAAUGGCAUGGCCACAUUCACAGAAACUGCACAGCAGCUGGGCAUCUGUCUAGAGUAUUCUGUAUCUUUUUUUAGGACAGAUCCCUAUGAAAAAAUUCAAAAGAUCAUUGAAACUAUAAAGGCUUCAACCUCCAAGGUGAUCAUUGCCUUUCUUUCACACAUGGAUAUGGAUGUGCUAAUAAAUAAACUGUCUGUCCAUGGCCUAACUGGGUACCAGUGGGUAGGCAGUGAGUCUUGGAUAUCUGAUUCCCAAAUAGCUGCAAUGGAUAUACAUCACAUACUAGAUGGUGCCAUUGGUCUUUCAAUUCCAAAAGCACAUGUCAGUGGCUUGAAAGAGUUUAUACUGAAUGUAAAAUCACUGAAUUCAUCUAAUAAUGAACUCUUUAUUGAGUUCUGGGAGACACUAUUUAGUUGUAAGUUCAAGGAGUUGAACUCAACAGCAGAAAAUCCGAGGGAGUGCACUGGACAUGAAGAUAUGACUGGAGUUCAAAACAGUUUCACUGAUAUGUCACUUAUGUCUAUCUUUAACAAUGUCUACAAAGGAGUGUAUGCUGUGGCCCAUGCACUUCACAAAAUCCUCAGCUGUAAUGAAACAUGUAACAAAAAUGUGCAGCUAGAUCCAUUCAUGAUUUUGCAGCGCAUUCUAAAAAUUUAUUUCAAAACAAAAGAAGGUGAUGAGGUUUACUUUGAUGAGAAUGGAGAUCCAGCAGCAAAGUAUGAAAUUAUAAACUGGCAGCCAAGAAAAAACAGCAUUGUGGAGUUUGUGACAGUUGGUCUUUACGAUGCAUCACUUUCUCCAGACAAACAGCUGACUUUGCAAAAUAACUCAUUAAUUUGGGAAAGUAACACAAAGCAGGUGCCUGUGUCAGUUUGCAGUGAGAAAUGUCCCCCAGGAACACGCAAGGUUCUCCAGAAAGGAAGGCCUGUUUGCUGCUAUGACUGUAUAAGAUGUGCAGAUGGCGAGAUCAGCAACAUUACAGAUUCUGUCAGCUGUGUGAGAUGCCUCCCUGAGUUUUGGCCAAAUCAGAAAAAAGAUGCCUGUAUUAAGAAAGAGGCAGUGUUUCUAUCAUAUGAAGAAAUUAUGGGAGCACUCCUGACUGCUGCAUCUUUAUUUGGAACAUGCAUGACUACUGGUGUGGCAUUAAUAUUCUUCAAAUACAGGAAAACUCCUAUUGUGAGGGCAAACAAUUCUGACAAAAAGAAAAAGAAGUAA